UACAGAAAGCGACAUGGCGCAGACGGUCGGACCCGCGUCUCAUCUGUCGGAAGAAAUUGAAUUAAGCAAAAAACACGAGGAAAUCGUGGAGCGCAGGACGGCUCUGCUGGAGCGCAUGGAGAGGGAGCACGAGCGACUCAAGAGUAAGAAGAAACACCUGGAGGCCUGGUCACUAGCGGCGGCGCACGAGAGGAACGCCCAGCUCCUAGGGGAUGUGCAGAAACUGCAGAAUCGUCUGCGAGUCGCAUCAGUUCUUCACCCUGAAGUUGUCGGUCUGGAGACCCGUUACUGGGCGUUUGUGGAGGAGAACAUUCCAGAAUGGGAGCCCUUCCUGUUGGGUAAGGCUCCGCCCCCAAACGAAGCGAAGCAGGAAGGUGCGCCGCGAGCCCACCCACCACCGGCUCCCGUCACGGGGCUGCCUCCUCCUCGCGCCCACCGGAAGCGUGUCGCGUGAGUGCGUGCGCGAACGGGUGCAGUACAUACGCUGUGUAGGUGUCGGGUUGCGCGCGCUCCAUAUGUCCGCUCAGGGCCUCCUGCUCGCGCCGCUAGUCCGUUAGCGCGCGCGCGCCUGCCUGUCACCAGCAGGUGAUACAACACUUGGACAACAUUUCGCCGUUGUUUACGCAAAUACUGCAGGAUUGAAUCAUGUACCUUCUUUGUGUAGCACAUCCACGUUAAAGGUUCAGUAGUAGAGCGAUGCUGGAAGGUGGCGCAGCGGGUGGCGCGUGAGCCGCUCUGUCCUUCGGCUACAGGUGCGAGUCGAGCUGUCACUCGCUGCAUUUUCUUCUCGUGUUCACAGCGUGGUAAAACGUUUUUUUUUUUUUUUUUUUAAACCUUCAUUUACCAGGAGUACAGGAGCCUCACUGGGAGUCAGUAGCACUUGUCCUGUACGUGAAAUCUGUGAAACGUUGAAAGAAACAAACAGCAUUUGAUACUUUUUUGUCCUGGUUUGUUACUGCAACAUUAUUUCCUCACUAUAAUUACACACACACACACACACACACAGUCUGAAACCGCUUGUCCUGGGACGGGACGCACCCA